AUGUAUGGGGACUUGUACAGUUCAAUUUAUUUGCGUUCAGUCUGUGUAGCUGCAAGGGGCAUGGAUUCGUUGCGGUGUGCCAGAAUGCGCCUCACGUCGGCCGAGUGCCGCCCACUGUUGAAAGAACGGGCCUGGUUGCGAACGCGUGACGUGCAAAGAAUGCCCAGUGCUCUUCUUGCUGUGCUUCGCUGCGCUCGACUGGUGUUUGGGCGUCAAUCAGUGGAGCAGUGGAAGAGUAUCCCAUUUUGGCAGCUUGUUGCUCCCCAAAUCAAUGCAGCUCCGCAUGGAUGGCCUGCAAAGCAAGAUAGGUGCGCAUGA